CCCACGGUUAUCAACUGCUGAGCACUUUCUCUUCAUUUCACAAAUCACUGUUAGUGUGGAGAAUGGAGAAAAGCAGAUGUACUGACUAAGCAGAUUUAGCAAGCUGCUGGACCCGGAGUGCUGCUUCAUUGCAGGAUUCUGAAGAUGAAAAACAGGACAAUAGCUGGCUUUUCUGUCACCAAAUGUUCUGCAUUUCAGUUUUUGAAAAACCGGGUGAGGAAAUGGAUCAGGAGCGCAAAGGUCAAUGUGGACAAGCAUCAGCACACACAUUUGAACAAAUCUGAUGCAUUUGUGAAGGCUACACCGCAAAAAGAUGCAGACCCACAGUUAAGAUGUCAGUCUACAUGUCAAGAAUGCCAUGUCUCUCAAGUAAUGGCUAUCAAGGUUGGAACUCGGGCAAAUAGCAGAAACUUCAAAGUCAGAAGAUGGAAGAAGAGUGACAGAUUCAAACCAGAUGAAUUGCUGCCAAUAAAGACAGACAAAUCAGAUUCCUGUGCAUCUCAGACAGGCAAAGUCCCUAAAUUAGCAGCUCAGCCAGCCAUGAUCGAAUGUCACUGUUGCCUAACGAAUAUAACUCAUAAACCUGAUGAAUCAUCACAAGCCAGAAAGAACUCCAAGAUUGAUGCUCAAAGUGGCAUCAGUGAUGCAAAUGCCCAUUUUUGGGAUGGGUUUCCCUGGGAGCUGACAGGCAAGGAUUUUGAUGUGGCCACUGUUUGGAUUGCAGAGCUGGUGGAUCAUGAUAGCAAUCCUACAAAGCAGAACUCUGGUUUGGCAGCAGCGGUGCCAUUUUGA